AUGUUGUGCGGUAAGACAUCGUGCGGCAGGAAAGCACUGACACUUCUGAGCAGUGUGUUUGCCGUGUGUGGCCUGGGCCUCCUUGGGGUUGCCGUUAGCACAGACUACUGGUUAUACCUUGAGGAAGGAGUCAUUUCCCCCCAAAACAUGACAACAGAAGUCAAGAUGUCUCUGCACUCUGGCCUGUGGAGAGUCUGCUUUCUAGCAGGAAAGGAGCGCGGUCACUGCUUUACCAUCGAGUACGUGAUGCCGAUGAAUGUGGAGCUGACCUCAGAAUCUACCAUCAGUAUUCUCAAAAUGAUUCGGUCAUCCACCCCUUUCCCACUGGUCAGCCUGUUUUUCAUGUUUAUUGGCUUUGUAAUGAAUAACAUUGGACAUAUCAGACCUCACAGGACGAUCUUGGCAUUUGUAUCAGGAAUCUUCUUUAUCCUUUCAGGUCUGUCGCUGGUUGUUGGACUCGUUUUGUACAUAUCCAACAUCAAUGAUGAGAUGUUGAACAGAACUCCGGACUCAGAAACCUACUUCCACUACAAGUACGGAUGGUCCUUUGCCUUCUCAGCAAUAUCAUUCCUGCUGACUGAGAGUGCUGGAGUAAUGUCAGUCUACCUUUUCAUGAAGAGAUACACUGCUGAAGAGAUUUACAGACCUCACCCAAGCUUCUACAGACCAAGACUGAGUAACUGCUCGGACUACUCAGGCCAGUUCCUUCACCCAGACGGCUGGCCUCGCGGGCGCAGCCCCUCUGACAUUUCCAGCGAAGCCUCCUUGCAGAUGAACGCCAGCUACCCAGCACUUCUCAAGUGCCCGGAUUAUGACCAGAUGUCCUCUUCACCCUGCUGA